AUGUUAUCCGCUCCAUCGCGAAAAGCCGAACAUCGACUCUCUUUGCAUAUCAAAGCUCCGGGCCAAAGUCCGAACAUCCGCGAUGGAGUGGUUGAGGACAUCAAGACCACAGGCAACGAGAAGCUGCAGUCAAAGCCCAACCAACUGGCUGGGAAGUGGCUUGAUGGGAGUAUCAAUGCUCUCCCGAACUGCGUCAAAUAUUAUGGCCUCCCGCCGACUGGCAAGGCCGGCACAGGGAUUGUCUUCGCUAUUUUCAAUAUACACGAGAGGGACCUCCUCCCACUUCAGCAGAAACACCUACACUGGCUUCCCUUUCUCAAAUAA